GUCAGCCAGUCAGUCAGCCAGCCAGUCAGUCAGUUGUCACUUGGAUGAGAAACGCACACUGGAAACCUGAGGAUUAAAAACUUUCUCCACGGAGGAUCAGCGAUUGUCUGAAUAAAGGAUAUAAAGAGAGACAGGAUGGGCUGUGUGAAGUCCAGGCUGAGCGAGGGUCUGAGCGGAGCGGUGGAGGGGAAGAUCAGACAGCAGCCCGUACGUACCGAGCAAACCCACUAUGUCAGAGAUCCCACCUCCAAUAAAAAAAACACCAUAAAUAACUCCCUGUUGCCCGGGCAGAGGUUUCAAAAGAUGGAAGAGCACAGUGGGGGGGCUGACAAAAUUGUGGUCGCCAUUUACUCAUACGAGGCCAUGCACCCCAAUGACUUGGGAUUCAAGAAGGGUGAAAAAAUGAAAGUUUUAGAAGAACACGGUGAGUGGUGGAAGGCCAAGUCUCUGACGACCAAGAAUGAAGGAUUCAUCCCAUCCAAUUAUGUCGCCCAAGCUGACACCAUGGAAACAGAGGAAUGGUUUUUCAAGGACAUCACGAGAAAGGAUGCGGAGAGACAGCUGCUGGCACCGGCAAACAAACCAGGAUCUUAUCUUAUCAGGGAGAGUGAGACAACAAAAGGGAGUUACUCCCUGUCCAUCAGAGAUGUGGACGUCCAGGGCUCACAUAUAGUCAAACACUAUAAGAUCAGGACUCUGGAUAACGGUGGCUACUAUAUCUCUCCUAAAAUCACCUUCCGCGACAUCGGCAGCAUGAUCAAGCACUACCGACAUCAACCGGAUGGCUUGUGCCGGAAGCUGGAGCAUCCAUGUGUGAAACCCAAAGCUCAGAAACCGUGGGAUAAAGAUGCCUGGGAAAUUUCCAAAGAGUCUAUCACGAUGGUGAAGAAACUGGGAGCAGGGCAGUUUGGAGAAGUCUGGAUGGCCUACUACAACAGCACAACCAAAGUUGCGGUGAAGACCCUGAAGCCGGGCACCAUGUCGGUGGAGGCCUUCAUGGAGGAAGCCAAUCUAAUGAAGAAGCUGCAGCACGACAGGCUGGUGCGGCUGUACGCCGUCGUCACCAAGUCAGAGCCCAUCUACAUCAUCACUGAAUUUAUGGCAAACGGGAGCCUACUAGACUUCUUGAAGAGCGAUGAGGGACGCCACUUGCAGCUACCCAAGCUCAUUGAUUUCUCGGCGCAGAUAGCGGAGGGUAUGGCGUACAUCGAGAAGAAGAACUACAUCCACAGAGACCUGCGAGCAGCCAAUGUUCUGGUGUCAGAGAGUCUGCUCUGUAAAAUAGCUGACUUUGGACUGGCCAGGGUUAUAGAGGACGAUGAAUACACUGCCAGAGAGGGAGCCAAGUUUCCCAUUAAGUGGACCGCCCCAGAAGCCAUUAACUACGGCUCCUUCACCAUCAAGUCAGACAUGUGGUCCUUUGGGAUUCUGAUCUACGAGAUUAUCACCUUUGGGAAAAUCCCUUACCCAGGUAUGACCAAAGGGGAGGUGAUAUCUUCGAUACAGCGCGGCUACAGGAUGCCCCAGCCCGACAACUGCCCCGCAGAGCUGUACGAUAUCAUGAUGUCCUGCUGGAAGGGCAAACCGGAAGACAGGCCCACCUUUGACUACAUCCAGAGUGUCCUGGACGACUUCUACACCGCCACAGAGGGACAGUACCAGCAACAGCCUUAGAGAGCAAAAACGAGACAAACACACAAAGACUAAGGAAGAGACUUGCAGAGAAAAAGGAAAAAAAAAGACACUUCAUAAGGGAGUUGCUGCCAAUACAUCCAUACAUGCAGUAACUAUAUGUCACAUAGAUUAGAUACUUUUGCCACUCAAAGUGUACUUCAAAUGAAUCCCAUCUAUGUAAAAAACACGUUUUCGUAUUGUUUGAAACACCUUUUGACAAAUUCAGAGGUAUAUGCAAGAUUUUCAACAGCAACACACAUAAGAUCAAGAAAGAAAGAGGCAGGGAGGAAGGAGAGAGACAAAAAGAAAGAGAAAAAUAUUCAAAUUUUGCAUCAACAGACAGAAAGUGAUUAACAUUCAUAACCAAAGGUGUGUGAGAAGGUGUCUGUUCUGCUUUUUUAUGCUUUCACUCUAUAGUCUAUCAACUAGACAUUUCAAAAACCAAAAAAAAAUUACAUUUCACGAUUUGUUUGUGUGUUGAGGCAUUGAAACAACCCGAGACAUAAUAUAUUGGUAUAGAGAGCACUGGCUGUACAGAUAUUGCCAUGUCAGUAAUACCAAUUCCCAAUCAAUCAAUCAGUGUGUACUGGCUGAUUGGAAAUAAGAGUCCAGACUACAUGAGGGUUGGUGUCCACUUGAUUUGUUUCUGCACAGACAGAGUGACUUGACUAUGCAAAGAGAUGACGUAUGUUCACACGUUCACACUCGUAAACUCCAUGACUGAAGUUUUACAGACUUUGUUCGCUCUUGAUCAGAUUAAUCUCACUUAAUACGCAGCUUUGGUGGGCUUAAUGUGAAAUGAAGGCAUCAUUCCAUACACUUAACAAAAGUCAUUUUUCUAGCUGGUGCUGUCAGAACGCAGAAUGUUGGAGGAAUCCUGAUCCAUCCACUGAUUUAUAAUGUACAUUCAUUAUAUUAUUAAUCCAGAGCAAUGGGUUCAUAUGAAAACUGAGUUCCGUAGUAGUAUUUAUCACUUGAAAGCUGGUAUAUUUUCAAGUAUAAAACUUUUAUCAACUUUCUUUGCCAUAGGAAGUGAA